AUGUCAAUAGCUGAAACCAAUACCACCACUGAAGUUGCUGCACCAAAAAAGAAAAUGUGUUGUGCAUGCCCAGAAACAAAGAAAGUUAGAGAUGAAUGCAUUGUUGCCAAUGGUGAAGAAAAAUGUGCAGCUUUAAUUGAAUUACAUAAAGUUUGUUUAAGAAAAGAAGGUUUUGAUGUUUAA